CAAAUUUUUCCACAUUAGGGAGUUACUUAGCGACACUUUAUUUUUUGUUUUAUAAUAAAAAAUCUCUUCUAUAUUAAAAAUUAUCCUCUAAAUAAACGAGAUAUUUAAAAUAAAGUUCCAUCGUCAAUGAGAACGCGAGGUCUCCGUUGAUAGAGCGGCGCUUUGUCACAGCUGGAACUUGCGGAAUUUAAACUCAUCGCGCUUCGCGAGCGCGAAAAAUCUCGCCGUUACCUCACGUCGCGCGCGCGCGCGUAAUGUCGGUUUAAUGUCUCAAUGCUGGCGGACCGUAAAUGCGCGCGAGCGACGUUUUAUUAUCGCGUCGAAAACGAAAAUAAUCUUCACGGUAGUCCCGACGACGGGUAACCCGUAUAUUACAGAGAAAACCGUGAAAUAUAUUCUUUCGCGCGGAGAAAUGAACGAAAACAAAGAAUUCGUCUCACUUGUUAGUCGCACGCUGAAAAAGCGUUCACCUUUCUCGACACGACCUUAAACCCCCCCAUUGACUCUUUGAAGAAUCCUUCGAAUUUCAUCGGUAUUACACCGAUAAUUCGCGAUGCAAAAGUGGAAGAUUGCGAUCGAGAUUGCGCCUAGGCGUACUUUCGAGUUCGUGUCGCGAGAGAGAAUAAAAGGUAAGAUUCGACACACACAACAAUGGGUCGUAGCCGGUCCUCGAACAAAACCUUUCGGCUCGCUCAAAUAUUCAUAGAAUUCGUGAAAGUACACGCGAAAUAGGUCGAUUCUGUGUGUAUAUAUAUAUGUGUGUAUAUAUAUAUAUAUAUAUACGUGGCUGGGCACGGUUGCAAAGGGCAAUCUAACUCGAGGACGAUAAUGCUUAGAAACUGCACGGCGCGGUUACGUCAGUUGCAAAUGACAUUAUGAAAUACGGCGUGUAAUGACAGGACGAAAGUGGUGUCGAGCAUUCGCGCGCGCGCCCCGUUUUUCUCCACAUGAAGUGAACGUCACGCUCGAACUUCGUCCGGAUCUCUGUCUAACCGGAAUGUCAAAAAUGUCAAUCGCUUCGCGAUAUUCGCGCCUCUAUUUUUUUUUUUUUGUUUUUUGUUUUUUGAACUUGGAAUUUUUUCGCGUAAUUGCAUUACGCGCACUUUUGGCGACAAAGCGCGACGGGAACUGUCAAAUAAAAUUAAAACAGAUCGAACAAUCGACGCGAGGGUGUUACUCGCGUCACGCCCGCCGUGCGAAAGAUAUCAUUUUCGUCCGCGCGGAUUCGCAAAUUUUGACCGUUCACGCGGUCAAUUUCAAUUAAUAAUAAAACGGGUCUCUCUGCGGAUUUGCGAGCCGAGUCGGAUCAGAUUUUUUGAUCAAAACACCCGACGAGCGCACGCGCGCGAUGAACAAAACGCGCGCAUCAGUAGAAUCGUUUCGAUUGAUUUCCCGUUAAUCGAGCAACGAGCGAUUAAAGAGCUCGCUCCGGAGCUGUCACGUGUAAUUUACAAUAGUUCGUGAUUCUCUCGUUCAUCCGCGUUAAUCAACCGAUAGGAAAGGCGCGCACAUACUCGCGCAAUUUGGCCACCGUCAAAAUGUAAAAGCGACGGAAUGAUUCAUUUAAAUCUUUCUCGGAAAUCGCUUCUCUCUGACGGUUCGCGACACGUGCGACUGUCUUCUUCAAAAAGUUCUUUUAUUCAAAUUUAAAAUCGCAUCCUCGUUACAAUAUCUUCUCUCUUGGAAAGAUUAAAAUCGUACUUUCUUGCGAAUAAGAGUUCGAGGGAGCAAUUAAAAUUGUUUCGCAAAAACUCGCCAAGCCAAGAGAGUAAAGUUUGAUACUUUCAUUUUUCUCAUCUCCACCGCAAGAGGAGAAAGAUCGAUACUUUUACGGCGAGGAGCGCAACUUCUACCCAGCCCCUUCUCUGUGUGUCAGAUAAUGCGCGAGAGUCUCUUCAUUCGCAAGAAAUCUACUUAUGCAAAACACGUCCGAUAUCGGGGAUCGACAUUUCCUUUCCCGUUAGCCAGUCAACCGGAGAUCGGUUAAUUGCCUCUCGAUAUGCGCGCGAUUUCGAGGGAGCCAGAAGGCCGACGUUUGUUAACGAUCGCGUUGUUACGAGACGCGUUUCUCAAGGCACACACACCGCUCAAAGGCGCAUCUCUGAUUUUCUUCUUUUUUUUUUUCUUCUCUCCGAGAUCGGUUGCGAACAUCGCGGGAUCGUUUCACGCCUCGUGGUCGCGUAAUCUUUAUCUCGGCAAACAAAUCGUUAUCUAAAAAAGAAUGCUAAUUGAUCGGGCAAGCCCGUUAUUAAGAGACCGGGACGAGGUAAAUCUUGCCGCGUGUUGCCGGCAGAGAGCGACGAAAAUUACAGCGUUUUAAUGACGGCGUCGUGUCGAGCCGCCGGUUUCUGCGUGACGUGCAAUAACCGCCGCGAAUUAUGGAGAGAGAGAGAGAGACGAAAACAAUGCGCAAUUUGUCUCUUCCACAUAAAAGAGACAGCGGGUUAGGAAGCAAUUCUUGACGAAGUCGCGCGUUAGCACAGUGGGAGAGAUCGUGCGAUAUGUAACCCGUAAAGCUGAAAAGUAACUUCGAUCUUUCGUCAAACAGAACGUGAAUGCGAUCGAAGUUUCAUCCUCGGGCGAGAAUCCCGUUGAGUUUUAUCUGAAGGUUCAAUUUGUUGUAACAAUCGAGAUAAUCGGGAGACUUGCAUCUCGUAUAAAAAUAACUGACAACCACUGGCGCGAAGUAAUAUUCUCGCGAAGGGGAAACCGAUCGUGUUGGAAAAUAAUAAAAUAUUAUUAGCGGCGAGAUCGCGGCGAGGUGGAAAUCUUUGCGCGUAUCGCCGAUAUUACUUUCCUAUAUACGCGCUCGCGAUGGGGGGCUGACAUUGAGGAUUCCGAUUUCAAUGACGCUCUCCUGACGUCGAGGCAGGAAUGCCGCACGGAUGUGCAUUUCCGUUUCGUAUACCGCGGAAUACCUAUGCGAAAUCGCUCGUUCCGCAAUGUAUCGCGCGCAAAUACACACGUAAACGCGAUGCGUAUUUGGGAAUUUACAUUUCCAAACGUAAAUGCGAUGUAAAUAAAAUGUUCACCUCAAUAACGCGAGCGGGGAGCAAAUAAUGUCUGUAUACAUAUUUUGUCGGAGAUAAUUCGUGUAAUUAAUAAUUAAUCACACGAGCGGUAACGCGAUAAAUGUGUCAUCUCGCAAAUUUCGAGUCGGGUCGCCUCGACGCGUGUCGAAGUUCUAAAACGGAGAGAGAGAGAGAGAGAGAGAGACGCGCGAAUAUUACCAUUCGUAAGGAAGAUGACGUAACUUCGUCUCUCAAGUGUUCUCAUUCAUUAUCGGCAAUUAUAUUCCGCAAUUUCAUAUUUUAUGCGCGCGCCACGUAUCGCGAACGACGCACGUAGCGUAUUUACAAACGAUAUUGUCUGUUGAAAUUGUUAUUACAAUCGCAACCCUCUUACGAGCCACGAAGCCGCGUGUCCCGCAUCGGGGACACAUUAGAGUGUCGUCGCGUCUUGGCAUAAACUGGGGAUCAUUAGGAGCAACACAACAACCUCGAAUUAGACGGCGGAGGAGAAGAAGCGGCACGACGACGGUGGCGCGUUGCAAAAAAAGGAUGAAGAAACCGCGCGAGUCAUGUGCGACAACAAGUGGCGCGAGAUGACGACGCUUGGUCUAAACGUCGAGAUAAUACCGUCUCUGUACGAUGAGAAUCUUGAUAGAUCCAAAUACAACAAUCAUGGAGAAUAUGUUCAGGAUAUAGCGAAAUACAAGGUGUAUGAUGUGCAUGAGCGUUUAAAAGACGAUCCGGUACCGCCGUUGUUGAUAAUAGGAGCAGACACAAUGGCGACAUUGGGUGAUAAUGUUUAUGGCAAACCAAAGAAUGAAGCAGAGGCUUAUCAAAUGUUGUCAAGCUUAGUAAACAAGGAACAUGUGAGUUAUACCGGUGUAUGUUUAAAAACCCCAAAGACCGAAGUACAGUUUUACGAAGCUACCAAAGUGAAGAUUGGAGAUGUAUCAGAGGCGCAAAUAAGACAGUACAUAAAAACAGGGGAUCCUUUGACUAAAGCAGGAGGCUACGGUAUUCAAGGUAUGGGAGGUUGUCUGAUUGAAAAAAUAGAUGGUGAUUUUUACACGGUAACAGGUUUGCCAGUGUAUUCACUGACCAAACAUUUAAACCAAAUAUUUUCCAAUGCUUAGACAUUUUUUUUGUUUGUGUUUGUGUAAACAAAAAAGUACUUGAAUAUCAAGAAAUACAAGUACUUUAUUUUGGCCAUACGCUGGGUGUAUGUGCGACAUAUGUAUUGUUUUAUAUUCCUUUUUUUUUUUUUUACACGUAUAUUUUUGUAGAUUGUUACACAAAAAAUUUGAACUGAAAAAAGUGCUCGUCCACGAGCACAACUAUACUCACUCUGUGAGCACAAUUGUUUGUGUACAACUAUCAUUACCUCAUAAAUAAAUCUUAUUAUGCUAAA